CCUCUUUUUUUUUGCCCUGCUGUGAGCCCAGGACUCCUUGUUGCUCAGAGCCUGAGAACAGGGGACUCUGCACCAUGGCCUCCCGUGCAGCGCCAAUCCGGCAGGCAUGCUGUUGCUUCAAUGUCCGAGUCGCCACCACUGCCCUGGCCAUCUACCACAUAGUCAUGAGUGUCUUGCUGUUCAUCGAGCAUGUGGUGGAGGUGGCCCGCGGUAAGGUCUCCUGCAGGUUCUCCAAGAUGCCGUACCUCAGGAUCGCCGACCUGAUCUCCAGCUUCCUGCUCAUUGGAGUGCUCUUCGCCAUCAGCAUCAGCCUGCUGUACGGAGUGGUCAAGAACCGGGAAAAGUACCUGAUGCCCUUCCUGUCCCUUCAAAUCAUGGAUUUCUUGCUGUGCCUGCUCACACUGCUGGGCUCCUACAUCGAGUUGCCAGCCUACCUGAAGCUUGCCACCCGGCCCCGGCCCGGUUCCUCUAAGGUCCCCUUGAUGACACUGCAGCUGCUUGACUUCUGCUUGAGUAUCUUGACCCUGUGCAGCACCUACAUGGAAGUGCCCACCUACCUUAACUUCAAGUCCAUGAACCACAUGAAUUAUCUCCCGAAUCAAGAAGGCAUGCCUCACAGUCAGUUCGUCAACAUGAUGAUCAUUUUCUCAGUGGCCUUUGUCACUGUGCUCAUCCUGAAGGUCUACAUGUUCAAGUGUGUGUUGAGAUGCUACAGACUAAUAAAGUACACAAAUUCGGCCACAGAGAACAGCAGCUCCAAGAUGUUCCUCAAGGUGGCUCUGCCGUCCUAUGAGGAAGCCUUGUCUCUACCCACUAAGAAUCCAGAGGGGGACCCUGCUCCACCCCCAUACUCAGAAGUGUGAGCCCACUAGGCCUCAGCCCUUGGGCUGGGAGGGGUGGAGCUUCCGCCUCCUGCUUCUUCUUCACUUUGGUGGCUGCUGUGACCUACUACAGGACACUCUGCUUGUGCACCCCCUUCCUGUCCUCUCCUCCUGGGGACCCCUCACUCAUGACUGAGUCACUCCUUGGAGUCUCAGAAUACUCAGCCUAGCAGCUCAUCCUGUCCCCAUGAGCAAUGACACUUGUUCAGAGCACAGUCAUGGCAAAUUUGGUAGGGUGAGUUUGGUUACCAGCAACCAGCUUGAUCUGUUUAGCCAGGCAGCCAACACCGCAGAGGCAGCAGGAAAAGAAUUUGGCCAAGCAACAGUUCCGGGUGUCUGUUUAUAUGAAGAUCUCAGGCUACAGGGCAGUUCAUGAUCAUGGUACCCAUUUGUCAUUUGUCAUUCUCGUACCCACAAAGUAUACAUAUAAAACAAUUGCUUCAAACAGAUUGCUUAAGCAAAUAGCAAUUCAGCUAACCGUCGUUACUAGGAUUUAUGAUAAAAUCCAGCAAAAAAGCUGAGGUGUCAAACAAAGGAAAAGAAAAGGAAGUGGAGCUCCUCCCACUCCUCAUUUCCCCUCCCACCCCUCACUUCAAUGCGCCUGCCCGUGGGUACCCAGCCUCUCUCUGCUUGACUUCCUCUAAUAGCUGGAGGCUGGGGAGUCGGACAGACAAUCCCGCAGCUGCCCUGUCCAUUCUGCUCGGCAUGAGAAACAAUGGUUGCUUCUGUUUUAAGCAGUCACUUCCCACAAGCCACUGCUCUGACGGCAAGCUGUCCUCACCUUCAGUCAAGCACUGGCUCUGUGUUCCCCAUGGCAACACAGUGGUGAGGUCCCUGCAAGGGUCACCUUAGCCACCGGACAGAUUUAGGGUCUGGUUGUCAUGCCAUCCCAACAGCCAGGUUGGUCCAGCCUGUUUUGACUAAGGCUAUGCUCAGGUUUUGGCAGGAUUGGAGUCAGAUGCUCUGUGGGUAGCUGUCUGUCACCAUGGCUGUGCAUUUGGGCCAGGCUAGCCCAUGGCGGGUGAAGAACCAUCCAGAGGCUUGUGUCCCAUGGUGGCAGCAGGGAGGGUGGGUCCAUGUCUCUCUGUUUGCUUUCCCAUCGCUGGGGGUUGUGCUGAGGAUUAAUCCUAAGCUAGGGAUCUACACCUUGCCUGUGGCGUGGACGGGGCUGCAGGGUUGAGAGAGGAGGGUUGAGGGUGGUUCCUGCUGCACCUGUGUCAUUGCUUGUGUGUGACUUGGAAUAGGGACCUAUAAAGCAGCUGCAAGCUUU